AUGGGUUCGAUUUGUUCUUAUUAUUAUUGCAGAUCGCGGCUAGGAGAUCAGCGAGCGCGCCCAGAUUUCUCCCUUUCCGGAUCAGUCUCAUCCGAGAAGAUAAUAAGCCGAGCGGGAGGGGGAGAGGCCAUGAUGCUGGAGGGCAAAUCCUGCCUCGUCUCGCGCUCCCUGCCCAGCUACUGCGACCCGGACUCCGACUGGGCGUUCCUCCUCAGCGGCAGCAAGCGCCCCGCGCCGGAAGACUUCGGCGCGGAAGACAUGGAGGAGGUAGACGCCGGCGGCGGCAGCGGGAAGCGCAGCAAGUCGCCUUCCCCGCAGCCGCACACGCCGGACAUCACCGAGAGCCACGGCUCCAGCCGCCAUGCCUCCUCAGGCAGCAGCGGCGGUGGGGAGCAGCAAGGCUCUGGGGCCAAUCUCAUUGGCGAGAUUGGCCGCGACCUCUCCAUCAACUGCCUCCUCCGGCUCUCCAGGUCGGACUAUGGCUCCGUCGCCUCCCUCAACAGGGACUUCAACUCCCUGGUGCGCAACGGGGAGAUCUACCGCCUGCGGCGGCAGAAUGGUAUCGCCGAGCAUUGGGUCUACUUCUCCUGCAAUGUCCUGGAGUGGGAUGCCUAUGACCCCUACAGGGAGCGCUGGAUCCAGGUGCCCAAGAUGCCACCGGAUGAAUGCUUCAUGUGCUCUGACAAGGAGUCCCUGGCUGUGGGCACCGAGCUGCUUGUGUUUGGGAUGGCACACAUUGUGUUCAGAUAUAGCAUCCUGACCAAUUCAUGGACAAGGGCUGAUCCCAUGAACUCUCCCCGGUGCUUGUUUGGAUCAACAAGCGUCGGUGAAAAGGCGUAUGUCGCUGGAGGCACCGAUGCUUCUGGAAAGAUACUGAGCUCUGCAGAGAUGUAUGACUCUGUGACACACACUUGGACACCCCUUCCCAGCAUGAAUAGGGCUAGGAAGAUGUGUUCUGGUGUGUUCUUGGAUGGCAAGUUCUAUGUGAUCGGUGGUGUUACCAACAACAACCAGGUACUGACAUGUGGUGAGGAAUAUGACUUGAAUCGGGGUUCGUGGAGGGUCAUUGAGAACAUGUCUGAGGGCCUCAAUGGAGUGACGGGUGCUCCUCCACUAAUUGCAGUUGUCAACAAUCAGCUCUAUGCAGCUGAUUACAGUGAGAAGGAUGUGAAGAAGUAUGACAAGCUGAAUAAUAAGUGGAUCGCUCUUGGGAAAUUGCCUGAACGGUCUGUGUCCAUGAAUGGAUGGGGCCUUGCUUUCCGAGCCUGUGGUGACCGGCUGAUUGUCAUUGGAGGCCCAAGGACUUCUAUUGGUGGCAUCAUUGAGCUUAAUUCAUGGGUUCCCGAUGAGCAACCGCCUGUGUGGAAUUUGGUUGCCACACGGCAAUCCGGGAACUUCGUGUAUAACUGCGCCGUGAUGGGUUGCUGA